GUCGAUCCAUGGGGUACCCGCUGCCUUCAGGAAUGCCCUGACUGUGGACCUCACAGGGAAGGUGGCGUUCAUCGCAGGGAUCGCCGACACCACCGGGUACGGAUGGGCGAUCGCGCGCGAGCUCGCGAACGCUGGCGCCACGAUCAUCAUCGGAACGUGGCCGCCAGUGCUCAAGAUCUUCGAGAGAGGCCUCAAGGCGAAAGGCAUCGAGGAGGCGAUGAAGCUCGACGACGGGUCUCAGAUGGAGAUCGCCAAGAUCUACCCGCUCGACGCCAUGUACGACUCUCCUGAAGACGUGCCCGAGGACGUCAAGACGAACAAGAGGUACGCCGGCCUGGACUUCACCAUCCAGGAGGCCGUCGAGGCCAUCAAGGCCGACUACGGCAAGGUGGACAUCCUGGUGCACUCCCUGGCCAACGGGCCCGAGGUGAAGAAACCGCUGCUGGAGACCAGCCGCAGCGGGUACCUGGCGGCCUCGUCCGCUUCGGCGUACUCGCUGGUGUCGAUGGUGUCCAAGUUCGGGCCCAUCAUGCCGCCCGGCGGCUCCGUGCUGUCGCUCUCCUACAUCGCCUCGGAGCGCGUCGUGCCGGGGUACGGUGGCGGUAUGAGCAGCGCCAAAGCCCAGCUGGAGUCGGACACGCGGACAUUGGCGUUCGAGGCGGGGCGCAAGUACCGCGUCCGCGUCAACACCAUCUCAGCAGGUCUUCACGCCCGAGACCGCGCGGUGCCUCGGCAUCCUGCGCGUGCCGAUCGAGCGCCUGGCCGAGAGGUACAGCUCAGGCGUCUUCCAGCAGUGGUUCAACCUGGACACCCGCACCGACCCCCGUGCCCCAGCGGGGGACCCGCAGCAGCUGGUCAGCAUGUUCGAGCAGGCUUACACCGAUGCCGUCCUCGACGUGUAUCAGCCCAAGAUUUGCAUUUCGGUCAUCGGCUCGGCUUUCGAGGUGCAGCGCAGCGGCCGGCAGACGUGCUCCAUCUUCGUCGGGGAGGACGUCAAGACGCAGGCGGGCCCGGACCUCAAGGCCCUGAUCGCCUCGCACAAGCAGCAGGCCGCGUACAUCGAUGCGUUGCACGAGGAGGUCAGACGACUGAACACACCGUCGUACCGUCCGAUGACGGGGGCUCCUCCGCAGCAGGCCCCCCAGCCCCGCAUCUCGACGGUCCACGUGACCGGCGUGGACCUGAACCGCGACGGGAUCCCGGACGGCCUCCAGGGGGUCAUGAGCGGGCCGCCCAUGAGCGUCAAGACCCUGGGGCCGCCCGGGGCGCCCAUGAGCAGUAUGGGCGGCAUGCCACCCGGGGGGCCCAUGCCCGUGGCGUCGAGCCUCGCGCCCAUGGGCCCGGGCUGACGCCGCCGGCGGCCGGUGCUCGGGCGGCCCCGAAGGGCCUCGGCGCGCUGCGCGAGCCCUGCGACGUCGGGAGCUGCGCGCGUGUGCACCGGAAACAGCCAAGAGGAUCGAGGAAGAGGAUCGAGUAGGAGGUUCGAGGAG